CCCAAUUAAAUAAUAUUAAAGUCAAAGAUACAGAGGGAGAAGAAGAGAUGUAUGUGACUGAUAUAAAGGCAGAAGAUAUAGAGGGAGAAGAAGAGACGUAUGUAACUGAUAUGAAGUCAGAAGAUAUAGAGGGAGAAGAAGAGACGUAUGUGACUGAUAUAAAGGUAGAAGAUACAGAGGAAGAAGAAGAGACGUAUGUGACUGAUAUAAAGGCAGAAGAUAUAGAGGGAGAAGAAGAGAUGUAUGUGACUGAUAUAAAGGCAGAAGAUAUAGAGGGAGAAGAAGAGAUGUAUGUGACUGAUAUAAAGGCAGAAGAUAUAGAGGGAGAAGAAGAGACGUAUGUGACUGAUAUAAAGGCAGAAGAUCUAGAGUUAGAAGAAGAGACGUAUGUGACUGAUAUAAAGGCAGAAGAUAUAGAGGGAGAAGAAGAGACGUAUGUGACUGAUAUAAAGGCAGAAGAUAUAGAGGGAGAAGUAGAGACGUAUGUAACUGAUAUGAAGGCAGAAGAUCUAGAGUUAGAAGAAGAGACGUAUGUGACUGAUAUAAAGACAGAAGAUAUAGAGGGAGAAGAAGAGACGUAUGUGACUGAUAUAAAGGCAGAAGAUAUAGAGGGAGAAGAAGAGACGUAUGUGACUGAUAUGAAGGCAGAAGAUACAGAGGGAGAAGAAGAGACGUAUGUGACUGAUAUAAAGGCAGAAGAUAUAGAGGGAGAAGAAGAGACGUAUGUGACUGAUAUAAAGGCAGAAGAUAUAGAGGGAGAAGAAAAGACGUAUGUGACUGAUAUAAAGGCAGAAGAUAUAGAGGGAGAAGAAGAGACGUAUGUGACUGAUAUAAAGGCAGAAGAUAUAGAGGGAGAAGAAGAGACGUAUGUGACUGAUAUAAAGGUAGAAGAUAUAGAGGGAGAAGAUGAGACGUAUGUGACUGAUAUAAAGGCAGAAGAUAUAGAGGGAGAAGAAGAGACGUAUGUGAGAGGUGAUCAGCAGUGUAAGGAGGAGGAGAUCCCUACAGAUAUCAGCACAGAUGGACACACAAGCAGGAAUAUCUCAGAAGGACAUCUAAUGUUAUCCCCGGAUUGUGACAUAAAAGAUAAUGACAGCAGACAGGAUUCUCCAGGAUAUAACCCCAUUACCCCAAUUAUACAUCCAGGUCUAUCCGCUGAUUCCUCUGAUCCUGAGAAAUGUUCUCCUGAUCACUCUGAUUUUGGUGCAUCUGUUACAGCUCUGAGAGUAGAUACAGUGUUUCCCUGUUCUAUAGAUGCCAAAUGUUUUACACAGAACACAAAGCUUAUUACCCAUCAGCCAGCUAAGGCAGGGGUGAGGCCAUUUCCAUGUUCUGAGUGUGGGAAAUGUUUUACAUACAAAUCAGCUCUUGUUACACAUCAGAGAAGACACACAGGUGAGAAGCCAUUUCCAUGUUCUGACUGUGGAAAAUGUUUUGCAUGGAAAUCACAACUUGUUACACAUCAGCAAAGUCACACAGGUGAGCAACCAUUUCCAUGUUCUGAGUGUGGGAAAUGUUUUGCAUGGAAAUCACAACUUGUUACACAUCAACAAAGUCACACAGGUGAGAAGCCAUUUUCAUGUCCUGAGUGUGGGAAAUGUUUUGCACAGAAAUCAGAUCUUGUUAGUCAUAACAGAAGUCACACAGGUGAGAGGCCAUUUCCAUGUUCUGAGUGUGGAUUUUUUUUUGCACAAAAAUCACAUCUUGUUAAACAUCAGAGAAGUCACACAGGUGAAAAACCAUUUUCUUGCACUGAGUGUGGGAAAUGUUUUUCACAGAAAUCAGAUCUUGUUAGACAUCAGCGAAGUCACACAGGUGAGAAUCCAUUUCCAUGCUCUGAGUGUGGGAAAGGUUUUGCACACACAUCAGCUCUUCUUAUACAUCACAGAAGUCACACAGGUGAGAAGCCAUUUCCAUGUUCUGAGUGUGGGAAAUGUUUUGCACAAAAAUCAGAUCUUGUUAAACAUCAGAGAAGUCACACAGGUGAGAAGCCUCUUUCUUGCUCUGAGUGUGGGAAAUGUUUUACACGGAAAUCACAACUUGUUAUACAUCAGAGAAGUCACACAGGUGAGAAUCCAUUUCCAUGCCAUGAAUGUGGGAAAUGUUUUGCACACAAAUCGGAUCUUAUUAGUCAUAACAGAAGUCACACAGGUGAGAAUCCAAUUACUUGCUCUGAGUGUGGGAAAUGUUUUACGUGGAAAUCACAACUUGUUAUACAUCAGAGAAGUCACACAGGUGAGAAGCCAUUUCCAUGUUCUGAGUGUGGGAAAUGUUUUGCACACAAAUCAGAUCUUGUGAAACAUCAGAGAAGUCACACAGGUGCAAAGCCAUUUUCGUGCUCUGAGUGUGGGAAAUGUUUUACACAGAAAUCACAUCUUGUUAGACAUCAGCAAAGUCACACAGGUGAGAAUCCAUUUCCAUGCUCUGAGUGUGGGAAAGGUUUUGGACACAAAUCAGCUCUUGUUAUACAUCACAGAAGUCACACAGGUGAGAAGCCAUUUCCAUGUUCUGAGUGUGGGAAAUGUUUUGGACAAAAAUCAGAUCUUGUUAAACAUCAGAGAAGUCACACAGGUGAGAAGCCUCUUUCUUGCUCUGAGUGUGGGAAAUGUUUUACAUGGAAAUCACAACUUGUUAUACAUCAGAGAAGUCACACAGGUGAGAAUCCAUUUCCAUGCCCUCAAUGUGGGAAAUGUUUUGCAUACAAAUCAGAUCAUAUUAGUCAUAACAGAAGUCACACAGGUGAGAAUCCAAUUACUUGCUCUGAGUGUGGGAAAUGUUUUACAUGGAAAUCACAACUUGUUAUACAUCAGAGAAGUCACACAGGUGAGAAGCCAUUUCCAUGUUCUGAGUGUGGGAAAUGUUUUGCACACAAAUCAGAUCUUGUUAAACAUCAGAGAAGUCACACAGGUGCAAAGCCAUUUUCUUGCUCUGAGUGUGGGAAAUGUUUUGCACACAAAUCAGCUCUUGUUAUACAUCACAGAAGUCACACAGGUGAGAAGCCAUUUCCAUGUUCUGAGUGUGGGAAUUGUUUUACACGGAAAUCACAACUUGUUACACAUCAGAGAAGUCACACAGAUGAGAAGCCAUUUUAAUCUUCUGGAGUAUACUUAUCAUUGCCAUGCGUUGUUCUUCAAGGUUCUUAUCCUAUCUCCUAUGCUUUUUGAAAUAAUACAUGCUACCGCAGGGUGAAAUAAUCAGAUGUCAUGCCCUCAUCUACCUCUGCUAUACAGAUCUGUCUUUUGCUCCGGGUACUGAGAACCCAGUACCAAUCCUAAAUGUCUAGCUGAUCUCCAAGUGUGGGUGAUGCCAGUUGGCUGUGACUCAGUCCUGGUGAAACAGGUCCUUAUGAUAGAAGCUCACCAACAAAGGGCAGGGCUACAGCUCAACUUUGCGAACCAACCAGGCUUGCGCUUGGGGGUUCAGAGUUACAAAAUGCUGAUAAUGGGGGUCAUUCCGAGUUUGUUCGUUGCCGAUUUUCGCUAUGCUGUGAUUAGUUGCAAAUUGCGCAUGCGGAAGGCACGCAGGGCGCAUGCGCUUAGUUAUUUAACACAAAACUUAGCAGUUUUGCUGUGGCUUCUGCAGCGCUUUUCAGUCGCACUGGUGUUCGGUAAAUGAUUGACAUGAAAUGGGCGUUUCUGGGCGGUGCAAGUCUGCGUUUGCAAAAAAACACAGGCGUUUCAGGGAAAAACGCGGGCCAAACGCAGGGUGUGUUUGUGACGUCAAACCAGGAACUAAACAGACUGAGCUGAUCGCAAUUCGUGAGUAGGUCCGCAGCUACUCAGAAACUGCAAAUAAUUAUUUAGUAGCAACUCUGAUAAUCUUUCUUCCGCAAUUCUGAUAAGCUAAGAUACACUCCCAGAGGGCGGCAGCCUUGCAUGACCAUGGUAUCAGAAGCAGCUUCUGCCUCCGUACUGCCCUGGUUUCUUCCAUCUGUUGAUGAAGGACUUAGCAGUACCAUAAAUUCCCAAUCAGUGCUUAGAUGUCGGGGAGACAGAAUGGGGGGCAGUAGUGCAGUAGCGGGGGGCUGCUGGAGGCAGUGUCUAAGUGGGUAAUAUUGUCCCCAAGCAGUGCUGAGCAGAGAGACAGGGCAGGAGGCAGUAGUGGGAGCUGCUGGAGGCAGUGUCUAUGUGGGUAAACAUCCGCAAGCAGGGCUGAGGUGUCAGAGUGGGGAGACAGGGCAGGUGGCAGUAG